CCCCAUGGAGCUGCUACGGAAAUGGCUGGGCCACCCCGAGGACAUCUACAACCUGCUCCGCUUCAAGAUGGGCGGCUACCGCGCCGUCAUGCCGCGGAUGGACACGGACUCGCUGGGAUGUGGCCUCCGAACCUGCUACCGAUACCUCAACCAGACCAGCCGCAGCUUCGCCGCCGUCAUCCAGGCUCUGGAUGGAGAGCUGCGCCAUGCAGUCUGCAUCUUCUACCUGGUUCUCCGUGCCCUGGACACUGUAGAGGAUGACAUGAGCAUCCCUUUGGAUGUCAAGGUCCCGAUGCUGCACGAGUUCCACUCCCACCUGUACCAGCCAGACUGGAAGUACACAGAGAGCAAGGAGAGGGACAGGCAGGUGCUGGAGGACUUCCCAACGAUCUCCAUGGAGUUCAGAAAACUGUCCAAGGUCUACCAGGAUGUGAUUUCAGAUAUUUGUCACAAGAUGGGUGUUGGGAUGGCAGAGUUCUUGGAGAAAAAGGUGGAUUCUCAGCAUGAGUGGGACAAGUAUUGUCACUACGUUGCUGGGCUGGUGGGGAUUGGCCUUUCCCGUCUCUUCUCUGCAUCAGAGCUGGAAGAUUCCAUCGUGGGGCAGGACACAGACCUGGCAAACUCCAUGGGCCUCUUCCUGCAGAAAACCAACAUCAUCCGUGACUACCUGGAGGACCAGAUGGAGGGAAGGGAGUUCUGGCCCAGAGAGGUUUGGAGCAGAUAUGCCAAGAAGCUCUCAGACCUUGCCAAGCCAGAGAACAUCGACGCGGCCGUGCAGUGCCUCAAUGAGCUCAUCACCAACGCCCUCCACCACGUCCCCGACGUCCUCACCUACCUGUCCCGCCUCAAAAACCAAAGUGUCUUCAACUUCUGUGCUAUCCCCCAGGUGAUGGCCAUUGCCACGCUGGCUGCCUGCUACAACAACCAGCAGGUGUUCAAGGGGGUGGUGAAGAUCCGCAAGGGCCAGGCCGUCACCCUCAUGAUGGAUGCCACCAACAUCCAAGCUGUCAAAGCCAUCAUGUACCAGUAUGUGGAAGAGAUCUACCAGAAGAUCCCGAGCACGGACCCCUCGUGCCACAAGACGCAGCAGGCGAUCGCCGCCAUCCGCGCCGCCAGCCUGCCCGGCGGCCCCAUGGCCUCCCGCCACCACUACUCCCCCAUCUACCUGUCCUGUGCCAUGCUGCUGGCAGCCCUGAGCUGGCAGUACCUCAGCACCCUCUCCAAGGCCACCGAGGAGAUGGUUUGAAAUAGAAACUCCAGUUGUUUCUUUUCUUCCUUGAGAUUUGAGGCAUCUUUCCAGGUCAGAGCUGAGCAAAACCCCUGAAGGUUUUGCCUCCCUUUCUUAGGCAGCCUCUUCUCCCUCACCUCUGGUGCCUGCUCCAUGCUGGAAAGAUGCUGCUUCAGCUGGGAGAGGAAUGUGCUUCCUUAUCCAAGGAAAAAGCUCUGGCCACUUUCUGGCCCUCAGUGAUUGGCAUCCUGCAGCCUGGAAGCAGGCAGAUUGUAGCCACAUUUCUGUUGUGCUGAAGGAUGCUGAAAUGAGCCCUUUUCAUGUUAAAUAUAUGAGAGGUGAGGUACUCUGUCCACCUGAAUGUGCCCCCAGCUGAAAGGCAGCUGGGACAUGUGGCCCCUGCAGUGACACAGAUCUCGUUUCAGCAGUGGGGAAAUGGUUAAAAUGAGAAAUGAGCUGCCAGCACAGCCCUGAGCUCAUAACCCCAGGCCUGACCCCACAGCAGGCUCUGGGCUCUGCGCUGACCCAGCCCCAGGGCAUGGGUGGCAGAGCAAGGCAGGGGAGUGAGGGUUUGCACCCUGCUGUCCCUCAUGGGAUGCUUUUAGAGGGGGGCAUUGCUCACCCUGGAAGGGAGGAGUGAUCCCUGCCAGCAGCUGGGAAGGCUGGAGCCACCAGGGGUGACCAGGGCAGGUUUCCCUGACCCACUUGGCUCUGGCUCUGGCUCUGGUUGAUGUGUGAGCUGCAAGAGGCUCCCACUGCUGUCUGCAAACACAUCAGGCUGGACUCACAAGAGGAAACAGCACUCUGAAGGCAAGUCCUGUUCUCCUGGGGUGGAUUGUUGCUUGCAAGGUCCCUACCCACCCCUUUCAAAUGCUGCUUUGCUGUCCUGAAGGGAAGGAGAGCCCAUGUCCUGGUCUAGGACAGAGCUGCCAGGUGCAGGGUGGUGGCCUUUGCAAGGCCAAGCCCCUGUGGCCAGGCUGUUACUCAGAAGGAGAGCCCCUACUCCACAGUUCCUGGUGUAGAUUUAAGCUGUUGUUCUAAAGAAACUCGUGGUAGCUCUAUUUGUGCAGCUUCCAGUCUUGUUGAAAUAAAAAGUUUUCUUUGGAAAA